AUGGGGAUCGAGAGGUGGCGCGAGGGCGUCAGGAGGCGACGCGCAAGAUGUCGGGAGGUGGCGCAGGGCACCGGAAGGCGACGCACGAGGCGUUGGGAGGCGACGCGCGAGACGUUGGGAGGCGACGCACGAGGCGUCGAGAGGCGGCGUAGGGCGCCGGGAGGCGACGCACGAGGGGUUGCGAGGCGACGCGCGAGGCGUCGGGAGAUGGUGCGCGGGGGCCGUCGAGAGGCAGCGCACGAGGCGUCAGGAGGCGGCGCACGAGGCGUCGGGAGACGACGCACGAGGCGUCGAGAGAUGACGCGUAGGGCGCCGGGAGACGACGCGCGGGGCGCUGGGAGAUGACGCGCGGGGCACCGAGAGGCGGUGCACGGGGCAUUGGGAGGCGACCCACGGGGCAUCGGGAGGCGACGCUCGGGGGCGUCGGGAGGCGACGCUCGCGGCGUCGGGAGGCUAGCACCGCCGAGAGGAGAAGGGCGCCGCCGGAGGAGGGCAGUGCACCGGGGAGGGAAGCGGCGGCGGCAUGGCGGCCUGAAGGAGUGGACGGCGGCGGCGCGGCGGCCUGGAGAGGGGCGGAAGCGGAGGCGAAGAGGGCAGCGCCGAAAGGAGAAGGAGAGCGACGACAGAGAUGACGACGCCGGAAGAGGGAAGAGCGGCGACGCUGAAGAGCCGCCCGAGGAGGGAAGAGGCCGGCGAGGAGGAGAGCGGCACGCCUGAGACGGGCGGCGCACCGACGAGGGAUUCCUAGGGCUCUGACACCAUGUUGACACAGGAGAGUAAACCGUAGAAUCUAUACUCCUGUUCAAUGAAAGGAGAGGAGUAGAUUAUACAGAAGAGAAUUAUAUAGAUGAGACGAGAAAGAUAAAUAAUGGGCCUUAGUGAGCGGAGAGUCUAAUACUAUUAUUGAACAUUCACCAUAUGUUUCAAUUAAUAAUUAGCUUGGGACAUCCAGACAUUCAAUUGCUAAGAAGAUUCAACACGCACACUUCUACAUUAUUUUUACUAAAUUUCACUAUAAGAUAAUAAAUCAAUAAAGAUACAUAUAUAUAUAUAUAUAUUUAUCUUUUUUGUAUUUAUAGGUAUGGCCCACUUUCUCUCUCUCUCCUCCUCACCCUUAUACGUAGAGAGCUUCCGCCCUUCUUUUCAUUUUUAAUCUAUUAUUUUCUCUGUCCACAAAAUCAAGUUGUCAUUAUUCACGUUACCGACGAGGCUUCGUCCUUCCGGUGUGACCUAGAGUAAAUUGAACGGGAGUAGAGACACGCCCCAGGAGAGCAGAAGCACAAGGCGAGGCCAGCGCAGAAGAAGGCCGUGUUCCACGGAUUGAGCUCCGGAGCGUCUUGACGAGAAACUUUGAUCUUCCCCAAACAGAAAACAGGGAGAGGAGAGGUAGGAUUAGGUCAGCCCGUCGUGCUCGUAGAGCCAGCAUCUCCACGUAAAAGAGAAACAAAAGGAACUGCCCUCAGCGGCCAGAGUUGUGCAGCUCACCGCAGUUGCUAUAUCGGCUGGUAACGGUGGUGACGAAUAUGGAGGGGUCGUUGUAGCGGGCGUAGAGGCACUUUGUGGCCCUACAUUCCUUGCCGAAAGUCGGGCUAAACUCCACCUCAUCCUGGGGAUUUCCCUUCGACGUGCAUAUCUCCUUGAUGAAAUCUGAAGACACGGUCCCGGAUAAGGACAUCCUGAAGAAACAUGAGAAAGGAUAUUUAAGAAUAUCCUGGGGAUACAUAAGCAAGGUCGUAUGUCCUUCCAGUGAUCAAGAGAUGUGGAGGAGGGGGGUUGAAGGGUUUGAAGGGAAAGAGGUCCUCACUCCGCGGCUGGGCUGUUGCAGGUGCACUUGAUACACUUGCGGACGGUCAGGGCGUAGCUGCCGUUGGGGAGAACCAUAUAAAACUCAUGGGAAUAGGACAUUCUCUGGGGAGAGAAGCAAGCUGCAGCCGGAGUCGUCAUUGAGCAAACCGUCCAGAUUUUAGUCUUGUGGGAAGUGAAUUUUGAGAGAGAAGAAGCGAGGGAGAUGGUAAUCACCGCUUAGGGGCACAUCGAGGACUUGACCGGCGAGCAGAUUCUUGGGGUCGGAUAUGUUGUUGAGGCUGAUAAGCGAUGCCUGCGACGUCCCGAACUUGCUGGAGAGAUUCGCCAGGGUGCUCCCAUUCUCCACUACGUGGGCCAAGUGUACCGUGUUGUAAUCCACCUGAUCACAGCUGCAGGGGAGGGGAAUGAACUGUUAGAAACUCGCCGGAGAGACGACGGCAGUUAAGACGUCGCCGGCGAGAUCACUUCACGAGUCACAGGAAAAACAGCAGGAGGAACAAGGAAAACUUUCUCGCUAUUGAAAAACUCUUACAGCCCUCUUUAAAUAAGAAAACAAAGGGGGGAAAGGAAUAACUGUAAGAAAUAACUAGCUGGCCAAAACUGGCCAGUACCGUGCGUUAUGCAGGAAAUCCCGCAUUACCAAAUUCCGCAUUACCAAAUCCCGCAUUACCUCACAAUAGGGGAAUGGGGAAGCCACGUGCAAGGCUCCCGUUCACAACAUGAACAGCCGCUGCCCAGCGCUGACCAGAGAGGCGUUCGCGACGCCGUUCGCGAUGGCGAUCUGCUGGUAGGUCACCAAUCCGCCGAAGGUCUCACGGGCGAUCGCCUCCAGGGAGUCACCCUUCUUCACUGUGUAGACCGGCCGCCUGGGGGAGACCCCGAUCCCGUUGGCGCAGACGCAGGUAAAAGGGACCCGAACGGUGGUGUUGCCGGGGACCUUGGUAGAAUCCGGGGUGGCUACGUCGAGGUUGUUGGCUCCAUAGAGGUCGUACAUGUAUUCGACUUGGAAGAGGGCGCUUAUGGCCUCGUAGGUGGUCUCCCUGGGGGGGACGUAGCCGGCCAAGGCCUGGCACUUGGACUUGGAGCUGCAAGGGAAUUUUGGAGGGGGCUGAGCGGCACAGGUCGAGACGAGGAGGAAGAGGAAGAUCAGGGGGAAUGGAAGAACAACCGGCCCAGCGUAUCGGAUCAUCUUCAGUGUCGUUUUGUCCUUUUCUUCUUGAGACACUUCGUGCUCCUCUCACCCUUUUAUGGUCGCUUCCAGGGCGUUGGAACCAUCGGAGAAAUUGAACGGGAGAAGUGCUUUUAAGGCAGGCACCAGGCCGCCUGUUAGUCAACCUCUGCUCUCUCUCUCUCUCUCCCUCUCUCCCUCUCUCUACCUCUAUCUCUCUCGCUCGUCCUCUCUCUCUAGGUCAAUACAUAUAUAUCAAUGUUUGUCUAUAACUUGAGCUAAUGGGACAAAGAGCGGAAGCGGAGAAGCUUCAUGGUAUCUGCAAACGAAUGUCAAUGGCAAGAGAGGAGCAUUUGGUCAACGUGCGUUCGGUUGUCCAAAAGCUGUCAUCCCGAGGAAUCGAACAGCAAAGACGAUUACCAAAAUGGCAAGGCUUGUGGUCAACGCCACUAAUACCAUUUAGGAAGCUUUCGUAAGAAAGUUGAUCCCUUCCGCGGGGUCAUCUGAUCCCUGCUCUAUGGAAGCUUACCAGCGGCAGCCGGGGCGGUGGAGGAAGACAGGUUGAGAAAAUGACACGAUGAGAUUGGGGAUAACAAUGCGUACCAUAAAGAGGAAUGUUAGAAGACGACUUUCUGCUUUUUAGGUAGAUCCGGACCCGAUUAGAAAGGGCGUAUAAAUAGGCUGUAUCCGAGACACUUUAGGGUUAAUGAAGCUUUUCUUUACAACUUUAUUUUCCCGUUCUCUCUCUCUCUCUCUCCCUCACUAUUUGUGUCUUCUGCGGUUCUCUCUCAAGGAGGGAGAGAAGAGGAAGGAACCAACAGGUCUGAGAUUCUAACAAGGAAUGAACGCAGAACCUGUGGCGAUCUACUCUGCCGCCGAUGUAUGUCACCUAUCGGCAGAAAAAUUAUCAAAUGUAGCUCUGAAUGGGCCAAUAUUCAGAAGAACGCAUAGACAUCAUCAAACGUAUGCGCUCACGCUUGGCAGGAUGGGACAUGUCCAGCAUGAUUUUCAUGUUCAUAGGGACUUGCCUCAGUUCUGCUGUGUGGAGCUUAAAUGAAGUGCAACCAUCAAUUUAUGUCUAAAGCGUUGAAAUAUAUAACCAAUAACUAGUUUACGUUGAGUAGAGUUGAUCACCGCCCCUCACUCUUUAUAUGUGAAUGAACAUUUGUUCAUUCUAUCUGUAUAUGUGACAUCUCGGUCAUAUAACAAUGGUCAUCCUAAAAUAAUACUAGUAACAUGAUAGUACAUCACAACGGUUCUCAUCCUCAUAGAAGUUAACCUUGAGGGAGACUAAACACUAUUUUUGGAUAGAAAUGUGUGUGGAGUUCACCGAUGAUAUCUUAUAAGGAUUAGGGUGAUAUAUCAAGAGGAAUCAUAAUUUAGUGAUGACAUCUUAGGAUAUGGUAUUAAUACUACUACCACUAUCUAUGAUGAGUUUUCAAAUAGCUGGUCCAAACUUGAUAACAGUUUGGAAGAUAGUUAUCCACCUAGGUUCUCUUUUCGAGCUGGUUGUGUCAAGAUACAUCUCAUAAUACUUAGGCUCAACUCCUCGAAAAAUACAUAGGCUAACUUAGAGGUCGGGAAUAUAGACUUCAUCUUCUAAUUCAUGAGUCUCGACUAACAAAAUGUGAGAAGGAUGAUAGUAAUGGUCGAGUUCAUCAAUGUAAAGAUCACAUCUGAGACAUUGAGCUGUCAUAUGACCGAAUCUUCGACACUUGUAGCAACUCACUCGAUAGAUACUCUCGGUGGCUCGUUGAUAGAUCGCUUAUUUGUCAGGUACUCUUGUAUCAAUAAAGCGUGUAAGGUGGCACUCGGAGGUAGGGGCUUGCAUAGUACUAUGAUCAGGUCUUGAUGAUUCUGAGGUGCAGACCGGAAAUCGGCUAGGCAGUGUAUGGAGGGUGGGUUGCGGGAGGCGAAGGUCGUUGAAAAUUAUCUAAAUCUACAGCCAACUUAUAGGCCUCCUCCAAUGUAUAGACAUCGAGGUCAAGAGCUGAACGGGGUGAUAGUGGCUGGCGGAAGGCUGAACGGUGAUGAUGGAGGGAAAAGGCGACGGUACAGGCGAGCUCUCGGUAGCACGGUGGCGAUAGAGGGAGAGGUCAGCGGUGGGCGGCGGAAGGCUUACGGUGGUGUUGGAGGGGCGACAACAGCGGUGGCGGACGGAAGAAGGGCUGGCGGCAACGAUGACGAAUGGGGGGGUGGAAGGAAAUGGAGACGGCAAUAA